UCACAAAUUUGUAACCAAAGUCAAAUCCUCAAAAACAAAAUGCUUCACUGCAGCCUGAGCAUCCGUCGAUUAAACCCAAGUCACACACACUCACCACUCCCACUCCCACUUCCAUUACCCACCACUCACAAACCAAAUCAAGCCCCAAUUCGAUCCAUGACUUCCACAAUUCAACAAGUGCAAUCAGCUUCUGAGUUCUUGAAACUAACCCCAUAUCAUCCUCCAUCAUGGGCAUCAUCUAAACUCAACCCAAUUCCUUCUCACUCAUUCAAUCUUGGACAUUUUCCAACUCCUGUUCAUAGAUGGAACCUUCCUAAUUUGCCUAAAGAUUGUGAAGUUUGGUUAAAGCGUGAUGAUCUUUCAGGUAUGCAAUUGAGUGGAAACAAAGUUAGGAAACUUGAAUUCUUGUUGGCAGAUGCAGUUGCACAAGGAGCAGAUUGCAUAAUAACAAUUGGUGGCAUUCAAAGCAAUCAUUGUCGUGCAACAGCCGUUGCUGCCAAGUAUUUGAAUCUAGAUUGUUUUCUAAUACUACGAACAUCAAAGCUUCUUGUGGAAAAAGACCCUGGAUUGACAGGGAACCUGUUGGUGGAGCGUUUGGUCGGUGCACAUAUUGAUCUUGUUUCAAAGGAAGAAUAUUCAAGAAUUGGGAGUCUGACGCUUACUAAUAUAUUGAAAGAGAAGUUGAUAAAAGAAGGAAGAAAACCUUAUGUCAUUCCUGUUGGUGGAUCAAAUUCUCUGGGGACCUGGGGUUAUAUCGAAGCAAUUAGAGAGAUUGAGAACCAGUCCCAAAACGGAACCAUUAACCAAAGCUUUGAUGAUAUUAUUUCAGCAUGUGGCAGUGGUGGCACAGUUGCUGGUUUGUCUAUUGCCACAUGGUUAAGUGAGCUUAAAGCAAAAGUUACUGCAUUUUGUGUAUGUGACGACCCCGACUACUUUUAUGAUUAUGUCCAAGGUCUACUUGAUGGACUUGAAGCUGGAGUCAAGUCACGUGAUAUAGUUAAAAUCGAAAAUGCCAAAGGGCUUGGGUAUGCGAUGAGUACCGCCGAGGAGUUGAAAUUUGUCAAGGAAAUUGCGGAAACCACGGGUGUGAUCCUGGACCCUGUUUACAGUGGAAAGGCGGCUUACGGGAUGAUGAAAGACAUGUCACAAAAUCCCACCAAGUGGGAAGGAAGAAAGAUCCUCUUUAUACACACCGGAGGCCUCCUAGGUUUAUUUGACAAAAACGAUGAAAUGGCCUCGUUGGUCGGGAAAUGGCGUAGAAUGGAACUCGACGAGUCAAUCCCACGGAUAGAUGGUACGGGGAAAAUGUUUUAGCCCUGGUGAGGUCAAUAAUUGUGACAUUGCAGUAAUGAGUCUACCUAAUAACAUGGGAGAUAAAUGUGUUCUAGGUAAUGCAUAUAUAAAUGUUUGUGGCUUUUACAUGACAAUAAUUGUAAGUGGAUGAGAGUAAUUUAGUUGUGUUUUUACCUUCCAUGAAGAAAGCUUGUGUUUGAUUUUCA